AUGUCACAUCUCUUUGUCUGGGUGCGAAAAAUAUUUAUUUUCCUCAAAUGCAUUUUAUUACUAGUCAAGGGCUCAUAAGCAAUUGGUAGAUACAAAUAAACGUAUGGGUCAUGGAAUCAAUAUGAAAUCUGGUUAUUCUUGACAUUCAAUCUGAUCACUAUAUAACUAAUGAUCUUUGAGUUUAUUGUUCAUAAUCUGAAUAUUCUGUUCUGCAUGCUCAUAUUAAAUUGCAUUCUCCACAUUGUAAGCGCUUACUACCUUUAAAUUAAGACAUUGAAUGCCAUCUAUACUAAUUCCUUUAAGAAACAUCUUAAAUUGGGUUUGAUAGUAAGAUUUUUGUGUCUAGCAUUUAUAAUUGCUGCAGGUCUUAUUCCCACUUCUGGUAUGAGAUGCGACUCUAAGAUCUAUCGUAAUAUUCAUUUUUAGUAAUAGGAUUUAGCUUUGUAAUUUAUGAUGAUUUUUAUUCUGGACUUCGUGAUGUCUGUAGUAGAUAUGAUGCUAGCUUUAAUUCUACCAUCUAGUGUAGUAGGACUUAAGCUAGAUCUAGAGCAAGAGAAGCAUAAAAUUCCAUUGUAAAAUGAAAAAAUUAACUAUAACAAUAACAUUGAAAAAUACAUCACCUUUAAAAUGGUCAUUUAGACAUAAGAAGAAGAUAAAAGAAAAGUGAGUUUGAAAGCGAUUAGAAGAGCCACUGGAUAUAAAGAUCAUGAUGAGGUGAACGAGAACUUGCCAAAGGCUUCUCGUUUUAGCUCAAUAAAGUUAACAAAAUCUGUUUAGGGUUCUGAUAAAAAUGCUGACUACUAACUAUACUAUGAUGAGGAAUAGUUCUCAGAAGAAAAGAGCAAAAACAGAGAAACUGAAACAAUGAAGAACAUUGUUGAGAUAAAUUUGGCUAAAGCUCAACCUAAUAAGGAAAAAGGCACUAACUCAUCAAUAAAUAAUAACAAACAAACUAUGGAUGAAGCUGAAAAGUAAGUGAUUGACUCUUAUCUUUAGCAAGUUGAAACAGAAAGGGCUUUAGACUUUUGGAGAUAUGUCAGAUUACAGACCCUUUGGCUUACUGUUAUAUGCUUUUUGUGUGCAUUGUAUUCACUCUGCAUAGGGAUAUUAGGAAUAUUUAUAUUAGAAAUCGAUCAAGUCAAGAAAUUUAUGAAAUUAGAAUGCCAUUCAGGUGUUGGUGGUAUUAAAGCAGUUUGGGAGACUGAACAUUCUGUAGCAGAGCUUUUUAUUACUCUACAUGUCGUUCUGGUUAUGAUGUAUGGUACUCUCUAUUAUGUAGUUUUCUUUUUCAUUCCUUUCAGACACAAUAGAAUCAAGAAAACUUAAAGAGAGAAAAAUCAGCAAUCACUAAUCAGAAACGAUAGUUUAGCAACAAUGCUCUAAGAGGACAAAGAUGAGCUUGAAAACUAUAAGAAAAUGGAUCACAAUAAUGAUUAAACAUCCAUAAUUGAUAAAAAAGCAUAUUUAAGCACUACUAUCUCUCAAAACUACUACUCUCAUUGA